ACGGUCGACUGGUUAAGCCAUUUACUAGCUUCCUGUGUCGUCUCCACAACGCGACUACACAUAAUCAUAAAACCAUUCAGUGCAUGUUCGGUUGCUGUCGGAAUCCGUGACGAGUGACGAGACGUCGGUGCUAUUUUUACUUUAACGAGUAGCUGCUUCCUUGUGUGUAGAUAAGUCUACGUGUAAAUAUACAGAGCUAUGACUAGUCCGCUUACUACCUCUUCCCUACAGUAAAAUAGGACAUUGCUAAAACUAUCAACUUUAGCAACUGCUUGUUUACUUGCAAUGGCAUAUUAGCUAUUUUCAGGUUAUCUGGAUAUUACCGGUUGUAAACAGUUGUGUGUUUCUAUGCUUACCAAACACUCAAGAACUUCUCAUAUGAAUGGAAAUUCCGUGCUGAACGAAGAGUGAGCAGCUGUGUUGUAAGCAGUAUAACUUAAACACUAGAAAUGCCUUGGUGGCGUGUCAUCUGUUGGUGCUGCAACAGGGAUAUGAAUAAGAAUUCACCCGAUCCGAAAAACGAAUCAGCAGAACACGAGGAUGAUGAGGCCAGCUGUAGGUCAAGCUACAAACUUCUCUACAACAAGCACGGUUUCUUUUUAUCCAUGGAUACAGAAGGAAACAUAUUCGGUACAAAAGAAAAACACAAGCAUGCUAAUUUUAAUUUUUUGACGUCUGAUGGAGAAGGGGUGAGGAUAAAAGCCGUGAGUGCAGAUAAGUAUGUUGCCAUGGACGAACAAGGGAACUUAUAUGGGCAGGAUGAUCCCAACUCCGAUGAGACACUUUUUAUUGAAAACAUUGAAGGUUACUAUUUACAGUAUCAGUCCAAAAACUACCAAGACUGGUUCAUCGGGAUCAAAAAGACUGGAAAGCCGAAAAAGGGAACUAAAACUAAAUCUAGGCAAAGAGCCGUUAUGUGGUUAAAAACCGACUGUAGUUGAGGAUCUUGUAACAUUUUUAAUCUGGUCCACUCAUACAAAUAAUGUUAUGUCUAAAAAAGUAGAGUAAUUUCCAAGCAAAGUUGUUAUGUUAUUACAGCUGUAAUGUUUUCAAUUUUCCCUUUUCUAUAUUUGUUAUAAACGUACAUUGUUUUCCAAACUCGUUACUGUAGAAUUUUGAGCAUGUGUUUGAUACGCUGCCAAAUCCUAACUUUUUAACCAUAAUGCGCUUGAAUGGGAAGUAUUCGAGAUUAGCUAUUGUUCUAAAUAGAAUAGAUUAGCCAAAUAGAUAGGUUAGUUCAUGUUCGUCUAAAGUCUGUAAAAUUAGAUAAAACAAGAAUAGACUUCGGACAGGAAAAAGGAUUUGGCGGCACAACGGCAGUUCACGAUUUAUCAAUAUAUUUAAUGUUUUGUCUUCGAUGAUAAAAGAUUUGAAGCGUAAUAGUUAUAUUCUUACAAAGUAAUGAUUCAGAUUCUCGUUCUAUAUUUGUUAUAAGUGUACAUUGUUGUCCAAAAUCUCAUUAGUAUAGAGCAUGUUUACUAGGCUAGUGAACGGUUUGAUGUUAGGAAUAAAUACGUAAAUAGCGUUAUGUCUAAGAUAAAAUCAUUACAUUAUGUUAGUUAUAUAUUUAAAUUAAAUUAAUUAAAUCUCUUUCUAUAUUUUUUACGAAUUUCCAAGGUUGAACAGAAACUCAGUAUUAUAGAACUUUGAACAUGCAUUUAAUCUGACUUCAUUUCAUAAAAGCAGAAAAAGGUACGUUUUGUAUAACGCUUAAAUGACGUGUAAUGACAUAUUUAAAACGUAUACAUUAUAGUGAUUGCCAAUUAAAUAUAUAUGAUCGUUUUCUAAAAUGGAACACUCCUAAUAAGGGUAAAUCAUUUUAUUCAUUAGAAACUUCAAGCACUUAAAAAAGUGGUUAUAGUCCAGGGACCUACUUGAAUUGUUUAAUAUGUUUUAUCGAAACACUUACUUCAAUACUUGUUAUUCACAAAACCCUUUUUUUAUUUUCUAUUAAAUAUUGUUACUUUUCUAACUUCGCUAUCUUCUGUGCGAAUAUAUGUUUUUAUAACUGUAUGGACCAGUAGUUUUCUAAAAAUCCUUUUGAAUGUUUAAGAAUGUUUUUGUUUUGUCAUAAUGAAGGUUGUAAUUUGAAUAAUAUUUAAUGUUUUCGCGUAACUUCAUAAGUUAAUACUGAUUCAAAACGUUUAAUUGUAAUUUUUAAGAAAAGCAAAAUAAUUAUAUUUCUAUGAUAUCAAUGAAUUGAGCAGUAUUAACGCCGAAACUUCAGCUAACAAAGAAAUCAGGAUGUGUAACACUAAUAAUGUUAACUUCAUCUAACAAAGAAAUCAGUCAUGUGGGUUAGUUCAUCUAACAAAGAAAUCAGGGUGUGGAACAGUAAUAAUGUUAACUUCAGUUAAUGAAUAAAUCAGGGUGUGUAACACUAAUAAUGUUAACUUCAUCUAACAAAGAAAUCAGGGUGUGGAACAAUAAUAAUGUUAACUUCAGCUAAUGAAUAAAUCAGGGUGUGUAACAAUAAUAUUGUUAACUUCAGCUGACGAAGAAAUCAGCGUGUGUAACAAUGAUAAUGUUAAA